AUGUCCGUCACGAGCGACAACCUGGAGGAGUUCUUCGACUUCGCACAACUCGAGCAGGACAGCGGAGUGUACGAAGGGCUUGCAUUCGCUGAAGAUGUUGGAAUCGCAUUCGUUGAGGAUGUUACCGCCAUGGAGUGGCAACCAUCGGGCGCUGACUACCGUCCAAUACCAGACAGACAAUCACAGGAGCUAUGCGUUCAGUGGCCUCUGAGAGAGACCCUGAGUCAGUCACACAUCCACAAUGAUACACAUACAGCAGCUUCUCUAUGGUCUAUCAGCAACACCCUUGUCACAAACGGUCACCAACAAUGCACUGAGCUUACGCCCACACCUUCUUCAUCAUUGCAAGCACCCGACAACGCCAGUCGCAUCACCGAUCAAAGGGCGGCACCUGCCGUCUCUCUGGUGGGUGGUGCAUCCAAUCCCCCACACGUAAGGUUGGGAAGGGACGCCAUCGAUAGGAUAGGCGCACAAUCUACGGAUCGUAGCAAAGUCACGCCCUUACAGACGUCCAAGAUAUCCUUGCCAACUCGCCAUACUUCGUCUUCGAGCUGGAAACCAGCAUCAGCUAAGCGCAAAGGCCCUCAAAGCAGGAUUCCGCUCGAAUCAAGACAUAUUCUUGAGGACGAAUUUGCUACAAAUCCAUACCCUUGCUCUUGGGAAUACGACAUCAUCGCUCAUCAGGCCAACCUUGACGUCAAGAAAGUCCGCAAUUGGUUUAACAACACUCGGGCCAGGAAGAAGGGUGAAGAUCUUGAUGAUAACGCUCGACAAGACCCUCACGAGAGUAUACACACCCUCAAGCCAAAGCUAUCUAGAGACAGCCUGGAAGCUCUUGAUACUCACACAGAAAAGGCUGUCGAACCCCCUCAACCACCAAUGGCAUUCUACCUUGCACAGUCCUAUCAAGAGGAGGGUGUCGAACUUACUGAUAUACAGGCUGCCAUGGACAAUGAUUCGUUUAGUGUUAGCGGCCUCUCUGAUAGAGGCGUAUGGUCAGCAUCGAGAAGAGGAUCCGCAGUCGAAUCGACCGUCUCGUCUGAGGGUACGGCAGCAACAUCCUACACUGUCUCCUCGAACGGGAGCCGUAGUAAUGUUUCCUCCUUUGGUCGAGAGCGGCGACGUGGCCGGCGACGGAUGGCAUGGAAAGAAUCGCCUCUUACUCGGUCUAUCAAUGGCGUGAACAGCGCUGGUCAGCCUCAACAAGAUCUACCAUUCUUCUGCACCUUUUGUCCACGAGCUUUCAAGACAAAAUACGAAUGGAUCCGCCACGAAGACUCCGUACACGCCCUUCGAACAACUUGGAUAUGUUGCGACACGAAAAACUUGCCCCUCCAGUCUUGCCCGUUCUGCGGUCAUAUGCAUCCUGACGACGCCCACAUGGCAACGCACAAAUACGAGCAAUGCCGAUCUAAACCCGAGGCGCAAAGAACGUUCUACCGUCGCGACCACUUUGUGCAGCAUCUUCAUCACAUUCACUUUGCCAAUGCCAAACAUCCAUCGGUGCGUGUCGGCUGUCAAGCGCGCCUACUGGCAUCAGAAGGACACAACUUUGGCUGCAAGGACCUUUCGCUCAAGUGGCGAAGGUUUGGUGCACCCAUGAAGAAAGACGACCCGAUGCUACACUGCGGCUUCUGUGGCAAAAUACCCAAAGACUGGUCAGAGCGUUGCGAACACAUAGCUGAGCAUCUCGCUGCUCGUGACCUCACUCGGUCCGUAUGGUGGCCAGAACGAAAGGAGAACCAUCUCGAGAAUCUCUACUCCACCACGCCGUUUGAGUCUUUCAGGUGUCGCUACUGCUUGAAAGUGUUUACGGACAUACAGGCUAUGAAUGAGCACACUCACUGUCGUGUCUGGAGUUGUCGUUUCCUACAGAGCUUCGACGAUGUGGCUGCCGAGAACGCCGGCCCGCCGCUCUGUCAAGACUUUCCCUCUGCCAAAGCUCACCACUGUCAUCUCUGUGGAGCUGGCUACCGCGCUGUUCAUGUUGAGCACGCCCAAAACUACCACAGGUAUAGGUCUUGUAACCAGGAAUUUUACGAAUCAGAGGAGGCCUUCCUUCAGCACUUGCACAACUUCCACGGCGCGUCUCAUCCUACCUUGUUGCGAGGCAACCCUGUCAUAGAGCAAACGUUCAUGCGUAACAAGGGGGCUUCCUUUGAGCCCGUCGAGUUCAACGAAAUGACACAGCCAUGCCUCGUGGAACUCGAGGCAACACCACUGACGCCCUUCACUGUUGAUCAGUCGGCUUUCCACGCAACCAACAGUGGAAAACAAGAUCCAAAACAGCACAAGAGGUCAUCUCCUGUACGAAGGCAGUCUACAAACUCACCCAUUCAUCAGACCUCAGAAGCAUCAAGAACGCAAAAGCAACGGUCAGAAACGGCAACAACGAAGGCAGACUCCCACGAGCCCCGGUUCCUUCGACUGAGCACUUAUGUACCAUUUGUGUCAUCGCGCAUCUUCUACUCGCGCUCUUCGAAGUCUGCCGAUCUACCAAAAGAUGAUCAAGCUGUUCUCGAAGAGGUACCAAAGCCGCACUUGACAGCUUUGGUGAUGAGCGCAGGCCUUGUCAGCAUGGCUGUGGCGCGUUGGACUAUCAGACCAAAGAAGCUUUCUAAGGACAGUCUGUUUGAAUUGGUGCUUGACGAAGAUGUUGACUGA